AUGGCUAAAGAAGCGCCGCCUCAAUCGGUCACGGAGCUCAAUGCCUGUGUUUCAACGGGCCACCGCCCUACCGUGAAAGAAACCACUUUCCGAGAAUGGGUGGUUGACAAUCAAAUCGGAAUCUCAUUGACAACCCUUUCCAUGCUGUUGGCCGUGCACCAUCUCUACCCUUCUCUGAGGCCUUACACCACGCCGUUCUUCCAGCUAUCCUACUACCAAUCUUCCCAAGGCGUUUACAUUCAGGGAUGGGACGAUAUUUACUUUGUAGCCAGUUCCGCGAUCGCCUUCACGGCCAUCCGGGCCAUUUCAAUUGACUGGGUUCUUCGACCGAUUGCGAUACAUGCAGGACUGAAGCGAAAAGCUGCAACACGAUUUGCGGAACAAGGCUGGAUGUGGUUAUACUAUGCCUUCUUUUGGACUUUUGGCAUGUACAUUUGGUCGAACUCCAAUCACUGGAUGGAUUUUAGUGCCAUCUGGGAUGAGUGGCCCGCCCGGGGCGUUUCAGCCUCGCUCAAAUGGUAUCUUCUAGCGCAGCUCUCAUUCUGGCUGCAGCAGAUUUUCGUUAUCAAUAUUGAGGAGCGGAGAAAGGACCACUAUCAGAUGUUCACUCAUCACGUCAUCACGAGUACCCUCUUAGCCUCGGCAUAUAUAUAUGGCUUUUAUAACGUCUCCAAUGUGGUGCUAUGCCUGAUGGAUAUCGUGGAUCUCUUGUUGCCGACGGCGAAGAUAUUGAAGUACUUUGGUUUUGAGCUGGCUUGCAACGUCGCGUUCGGGGGUCUCAUGGUCACAUGGUUAAUCACACGUCAUAUAUUUUACCCCCAGCUGUGCUGGUCUAUCUUCAAGGACGUCCCUGCGAGGAUGUCGUACGGUUGUUAUUCGGGCACUACGGCCGAAAUUAUCUCGACCGAUGGGUAUCCCGAUCAAAUGGCUCAUAUUUUCUAUCCAUUCCUGAAUAUCGACGGCCCCAUCUGUAUGAACCGCACCAUCAAAUGGAUCUUCCUGUCCCUCCUUCUCUCCCUUCAAGUGCUGUCCAUCAUCUGGUUCGCCAUGGUCAUCCGUGUGGCGGUAGGUGUCCUCCGUACCGGAAAUGCAGAGGACACUCGCAGCGAUGAUGAGGACGAAGAAGUGGAAAAGAGAACCUUGAGCAAGGAUGGCCCUAAUGGAAGUGCAGCUAACGCUGAUGGCACCAACGCUGAAUGGCGCCGAUCGAACGGAUCAUCCACCGCACGUCCUCGCGCGCGCGGACGAGUGCGGCUUGGUGAGCAAAGCGAUCGCAAGGCACUGCUAGGGCGGAUCGGAUGCGAUAAGCCAACUUAG